AUGAGUGAUAAAUAUCGAUCUAGUCACUUUUACCACACAUGGCACUCUCAUUUGCAAACUUUGCAUCUUCGUUUGAAUCUACGAUCGGCUGGAACGGGGCUCCGCGAUGGUGGUGGUGUGCUAUGUACCAGCGCGGGGGAUUCACCUUCACCUAGACCUUUCUUUCUCCGUGUAAGAGGGGAUCUGUAUAUAAAAGGACUCUUCUUGGUAGCAAUGGCAUCAGAAACCACAAUUUCACUUACACACCCGGUUGUCACUUGGCCAAGAGAAAUAGCGCACUGGAUAAACACGUUCCAAGCCAACAUGCGGACACUGAUAUUACUGGGACUUCUGGUCCUCACCAUUUCGAGCAUAUCCUGCAGAGAAGCGCAAGGAGAGAAGCGGCCUUCGAGACCACCAGGAAAAGGUAAACGCGGCGUCAAUGAUUACUCCGGAAGCUAUUCGUCCGGAGGAUCCUCUUACAACUCACCUCUUCACUCGAGCCUGAGCUCGGGAUACAGCGGAGGAUCAGUCGGAGGAGGAUAUUCCUUGGGACAUUCCGGAGGUAUUCAGAGUCUCCAAAGCUUAGGAAGCUCCCUGGGACACGGCUCGUUGGGAUACUCUUUGGGAUCACAAGGACUGAGUCUUGGGUCUGGAGGAGUCGGGUUAGGACAUGGCUUCAAUCUUCAAGGGCUCUCCUUGGGUGGACACGGCGGCCAAGCUUCGUACUCUUCGGCCAGCUUAGGGGGAGGAGGAGGAGGACAAACCAUCGCAUUGUUUAGCCCUUCUUCGAAGACUGGACCAGUCACUUUUGGACAAGGCGGCGGCAGCUCAGGAGCUAGUUCCAGUUACUCGUCGCCACUCUAUGCAUCGGGUGUUCAUGGACUGUCAUCUUACGGCAACGGAGGUUCGUCGAGUAGCGUCAGUUUUCCAGCGAUGCUGGGAUCGUCUCACGGGUCUUACAGUCUACCAUCAGCGUCAUUGGGCUCCUUAGGAGGUUCCUCGGGACACAGCAUCUCUCUCCAAUCAUUGGGCUCUGGCUCGUCUCAUUCGGUGAGCGGUGGAUUGGUCGUCGACGCGGGGUCGUUUGGAAAAGGAUCUGGCUCCAGCGGUUACUCCAUCCCUCUAUCUUCUGGAUCCCACGGAAUAUCCAGUUCCGGUGGAUCGGCCAGCUACUCGUUGCCUGUGUCUUCUGGAUCAUCUGGCGGUCACGGAUCCUCCGAUAGUUCCAGUUACACCCUCCCUGCUUCAUCUGGAUCCAACUCGUACUCUAAUUACAUACCAUCUUCAUCUGGCUCGUCCUCGUACUCCGGAGGAAGCUCCAAUUCCGCUGUCUCUUACUCCGAUGGUAGCUCCAGCUAUUCGAGUCCUUCUGUCUCUUACUCUGGCGGUAGCUCCAAGUAUUCCAGUCCCUCUGUCUCCUAUUCUGGAAGCUCCAGUUAUCCGAGUCCAUCUGCCUCUUACACCAGUGGUGGGUCCAGUCACUCGAGUCCUACGGUAACAUACGUUGGUCCUGGCUACCCUAACCCUCUUUCCAGCUAUUCGAGCUCUGGUUCUAGCUAUUCCAGCCCUAGCACCAGCUACUCUGGAUCCUCGGGCGCCUACUCGGCCAGCUACUCGGCUCCCUCGACGUCGUACGGCACUCCUGCGGAGCCCCAUGGAUCUUACUCGAAUCUAAGCCCCAGAUACGUCGGACAUCCUGCAGGGAAGAGCUUCGAAGGCCCAAGUUCCACGGGCAAUAAAUAUUAUGACACGAUCUCUUACUCCAGUCCUAGUGGAAAAUAUUAAACUGUAGACGUCACGAACAGGAUCGCCCAUCGAGGCUCGAUUGCGUAUCGAAACGUAUUCGGAAGAGUUGAUCGCGAACGUCGAUUUAGAAGCAGGAACUCCUAG